ACAUUAAACAACAGUGCAAGACAAAUCAGAGGUCAUACAUUGGUCUUCUUCUUGCAGGUUAAAGGGUUUUUGUCGAAAUUUUCUUCGACUACUCACUUUUCAUGACUGGUUGCAACCAUUAUCGGUAGUAAAACAUUUGCCAAAGAAGAAGUCCCAAAUAUUAGAUUUUUUGUACAGGCUAGAAGCGGUAAAACCAUUUUAUGGUUUGCAUUGUAUUGACAUAAAGGGGUAUCGAAGACUGCUACUUUUGCUUAAUGUUGAAUUUUGCAUACAAGUUCCGUGAAGGAUUACAAUAUUUCAAAAAUAUAUCGGACAUUAGUGGGCAUAAUUCCAUUCAUCCAGAUGCGCAUAGUGGAAGAGAUCACUUUGUUUGAGGAUUCCUAGAUCUGUUGGAGUAUAAGGAUUGUCAACAAGGGCAUUAUUUUCAACAAAAAUAAUGGCAGAUUACCAUUUUGUGUACAAGGAUCUGGAAGGUGCCUCGACGCAAUGGGACGAUAUCCAGAGAAAAUUAGGGAACCUUCCUCCCAAAGCCCCUGCUUUCAAGCCCCCUUCUUUCACCCCAGCCGAAGACCCCGACUCAAAGCCCAAAGACAAGGCCUGGGUCGAUGACAAGACCGAAGAAGAACUUGAAGACCUUGAAGAUGAUCUUGACGAUGAUCGCUUCCUCCAAGAAUACAGGAAGAAUAGGUUGGCAGAGAUGAGAGAAUUAGCCAAAAUUGCGAGGUUUGGGUCAGUGAUGCCGAUUUCUGGAUCUGAUUUUGUGCGAGAAGUUUCACAAGCACCAGCAGAUGUUUGGGUUGUGGUGGUUCUUUACAAGGACGGACACGCCGAUUGUGAGCUUCUUUUGCAAUGUUUGGAAGAACUGGCUCAAAGAUAUCCGGCAACCAAGUUUGUGAAAAUUAUAUCUACUGACUGCAUUCCUAACUAUCCUGAUCAAAAUAUUCCAACUCUUUUGGUGUACAACAACAGUGCAGUCAAAGCAAACUAUGUGGGUCUCCGUAGCUUUGGUCGGAAAUGCACACCUGAAGGUGUUGCAUUAGUUCUCUGUCAGUCGGAUCCAGUUCUCAAUGAUGGUCAGGGUGGGGGUGACCAGUCUAAGAAAGAUGUUCUUGAUGGAGUCAGGAAGAGGUUUAUAGAGAAGGUUGUGACAGCGCGCGAAGAUGAUGACGGAUCUUCAAGUGAUUAGACUAGGACUUUUUCUCCCUUGUCUUGGACAGUUUAUUUCUUUUUUAUCUCCUUUAGGUUAUCUGUCAACUUAAGGUUUUGGUUUGCAACUAUGGAGAUAUUGUCUGAUAAUUUCCCCAUUAUUAUGCUUUAGUUUAGUUUUGUGGCAGGGUAUUCCAGAUAUUGAUGUGCUUGUUCCAUUUGGCUCUCAUGUACUUUUCAUUCUAGUUGCAAUGAAAAAUUAUUUUGUUUGUGGUGCUGUUUUAAAUGAGUGGAUUGUAAUUUACUACUA